AGCUAACAUGCAGGAACGCAACUUCAUGUUGUCUUUGUUACUGUUGCUCAGUGAAAGACUUGCCUGCUAUGGCUUUGACACUGUACUGGCUGAACCAGAAUCUUCAGGUAUGCUACCGACUGUUCAAGUAACACUGGGACACUCUACAACUAUUGUGUUGUUGACAAGUGGUAACCCGGACCUGCAGACUGCCACCUCACUAACAGAAACUGGAACUGCUGCCACCACAAAAAUAGAGGACAUGAACAAUCAUGAAAAUGAAGGUCUGCAUCCUGUUUUGAUAUUUGGAGUCCCUGCAGCGCUUGUGCUAGUCCUGCUGGUUCUACUGAUCUUUUUCGUUGUAAGAUGCCGCAAACAGAAACAACUCAAACAAGAGGAACUAGGAAGUGAAAACUGUAAAAGUCCUAUUUUUGAAGAAGAUACUCCCUCUGUAAUGGAAAUAGAGAUGGAAGAACUCGAUAAAUGGAUGAACAGCUUGAAACGAAAUGUGGAAUGUGAAUACCUGUCUCCUGUGAAAGAAGAAAAGGACCUGAAUGCCAACACCAGUGACUGUGAAUCAUGAAGAUGGCACUACACGGUUUAAAAGAAGAGACACAUCGAACUUAGAUCCUUGAGAUCCUGGAUGGCCAGGAUAUGAAGCUUGGUUCCUACCAGUCACCAAAAGGAACACAUUUGGCUGUUCCUGUUAGUGUUGCUCAUCAUAAUGACAGCAUCAGUUCUCCACAACAAAGGUCCUGAAGUUAAGUCUUACUGCUGUGCAAUUCAGAAAGAACAUUUAGAAAACAAUCCCCUUUCAGACAUUUCUCAGGGCAAUUCACCUUUCCCCCUGAAAAUAUGUAUGGUCUAUUUGUAAGG